UGCACGCGAUGAUGGUUUCUUUUAAUCUCCGGUAUUUGUUUUUGCUCGGUCCCGCAGAGAGGCUGUGGCGAAUGGCAAAACCGACGCGCGUGUUGUAUUACGCCGAAAUCCCCAAAUUACCCCUCUAAACCUCCCCGCAGCGGAAUCGCUCGACCACCCCUCACCCUAGAAAGUAAGAAUAGGAAUAGUAGAAAUAUAGAAAUUGAAGAACGUCGGAUCUGGUCGCUGAUCCCUGGGCCUCGGCGGCCGAACCCACCCCCACCCCCCACCACCGAGGCGAAGAGACAGAGAGAAAAAGAGAGAGACGAAGAUCUAAGCUUCUCGAGCGAGCGCCGAGGGUUCUCACGCACCAUGGCGGCGGCGAAGAAGCCCCCGCCGCACCCGCACCCGCACCCGCACCCGCACCCCCGCCCCCUACGGGGAGUGAUCCCGCCCCCGAUCCUCAAGCAGUGGGGGGGCGGCGGCGUCGGCGGCGGCGGCGAGACUGAGAGGGGGCUGGAGGAGCUGCGCAAGAAGCUGAUGGGGCAUCUCCGGGAGGCGGCGGACCGGAUGGAGCUCGCCGCGAUCGGCCUCGCUCCGUACGACGCGGCGCCGGAGAGAGCCGACGCCGCCGUCGCCGCUCGUCGGCGGCGAGGCCGUGGAUCUGAGGCGCGGAGGGUCAGGGGGUUGCGGCGGCGAGGAGAGCGAGGAGGAGGAGGAGCGGGGGUUGGGAGGGCUCUGAGGGCGGCGGCGCAGGCACCGCGCCGCGACCCGGAAGCGCCCAGAAUCGUACAGCGCCGACUCGAUUCGCUCUUCCCUGGCUUAUGGCUGUCUGAGGUCAGCGUGGAUUUGUACAAGGUUCCGGACGAGUAGCUUCAGGCCGCGCUUACUCUCAGUUGCGGUGACGGCACCGCGCUGAUUGGGGUUCCCAAAGAAG